UGUAACAAUCGAUCUAUAGAGCAAAUCCAAUGGAAAAACUUCCCGCGGACAUAUUUUUCUCAAUACUAAUUAGGGUUCCAAUCAAGUUUAUUGUACGGUCAAAAUCUGUGAACAAGUCAUGGCUUUCCCUGAUAUCCUCGUCAGAAUUCACCACUAUUUUGAAACAAAACAACCCACUCUCCACCCCCCUCCUCCACAACACUUCGUCGGAUCGCCUCAUUGCCUUCACUAACAAAAGGUGUCUGUACUCAGUAAAACUCGACGACACGAAACUAGCAUCCAAGGCUGAGAAAUUCCCAUUCCCCCCGAGCUUGGAAAAACUCGGUGACACAAGGAUUGUAGCUUCUUGCAAUGACCUUUUACUUUGCACGUGUGGAGUGAAUAAUCAAUAUCCCUCGGCGUUGGUUUUACUGAAUCCUUUGACGAAAGUUUAUCAUCAGAUAAAUCUAGAAUCUUGUAUUGGUAUCAAAUGGUAUAGCACCUUCGGUAUUGGAUAUGAUGAUCUAAACGACGAGUACAAAGUAAUUUCGAUGAAUGAUUGGGUUCCAUACAAAGUAUAUGUUUACAGUCUAAGAGAUGGUUACUGGAAAACGAAACUAUUUUUGGGUAAUAGUAAUCAACAAUCAGACUUAAAAUUCCGGGAAGGUUCAGGAGUUUUAAUACCUUCUUUAACUACUAAUGGCGCUGCCGUUGUUGGCUGUCAUUUACUGCACUAUAUUCAAGAGAUACCCUUUAAACGAAGGAUUAUCUGUUUUGAUGUUUGCAAGGAGAAGUGGAGCGAGGUUCCGUUACCACAACUCGAAGAUGAACGAGAUCGUAUUAACGAUAUUGGAAUUUUAGAUGGAUGUUUGUGUUUUGUCAAAGUUGAUCGCGUGAAUCAACGAGUUGGGGUUUUAUGGGUAAUGAAGGAGUACGGUGUUAAGGAAUCAUGGAUCCCUGUGAUUAGUGUGCCGGAUAUAUUUCCUAUGAUGCCUAUAAUCGCUGUUUCGAGUGGAAUGAAACAAAUGUUGAUGAAGUUGAGUUUUAGUGAAAAUAUUUUCUGGUAUAAUUUGAAACACAAGACAGAUACAAGGGCGCCAGUGUAUGAUUCGCAAGGGCGAAAACUUGAUGAGCUGAAUAAAGUACGAUUAGUUACUUGUUGUAGGAGAAUUUCUCCAGCAACUUUCAGAUUACUGUGACUCACCAACAAAACUUUUAUACGGCAAAUUAAUUCACUCCACGUCGAUACUUGUUUACACUCCACGUAGAUAAGAGACCGUUUGUUUAAGUCAACCAUUUGACAUAAGUCAUAGAGAAUUUAAAGCUUUGUUUUAUGGUGCUAUCUAGCAAUUAAUAAUUUGUACUAUGUACUAAAUAAAGGGUGAUUUUGCCCUUAAAAUUAAAAUGAUAACAUGUCUAUUUGUUUA